AUGAUAAUAUUGUUUAGGUUUGAGAAGCUAUUUGGCGGCAAAUUCUUGGGUGAUAUCGUACGCCGAGUACUCCUGGAUUUGGCCCAAAAUGGACUCCUAUUUGACGGCAAAAUAACCGACGAAUUGAAAACUGUUGAGUCAAUUACCGCCACCGACCUGUCCGACAUCGAAACCAAUAAAUCGGACGACAUAUUUGAAUCCCUGGCCAAACGUCUGGGCUAUGAGUCCUUUACCAGUGACGAUAGGAACACCAUUAGCUACGUGUGUGCGGUGGUGUCCAUAAGAGGUGCCCUCAUGUUGGCGGCCAUCCUAUCCAAUCUGAUUGCCCGUAUCGAUAGACAGGAGGUGACGAUAGCCAUCGACGGCUCGGUUUACAAAUAUCACCCGAAGUUUCACACAUUGAUCACCGAUUUUAUCCGCGAAUUACUGCCAACCGAUUGCCACAAGAAGUUU